AUGAAGUACUCCAACGCCGCUAUUCUGGGCUUCCUGGGCUGUGCCCUUGCCUUGCCCACGCCUGCUCAAGACGAGAGUCAGGGACUCCCGAACCUUCCAUUCCCUCUUCCAAGCGGCCUUGCUCUACCGUCCGAGCUCCCCAAGAUCUCCGACCUUCUGCCCACCGGACUGCCCAUCAAGCGCGACGAAAGCGGUGGUCUGCCAUUCCCUCUUCCCAGCGGGAUCUCCGACUUGCUGAACCCGUCCGGGGGAUCUGGCGAAUCCAGCGCAACCGCCACCUCUAGCGGAUCCAGCGGAUCCGGAGGCCUGCCCAUCCCCAGCGGAAUCUCCAACUUGCUGCAUCCCUCCGGACAGCCAGGAGGCUCCGGUAGUCUUCCGUUCCCUAUCCCCAGCGGGAUUUCGGACCUGCUGAACCCGUCCGGAGGUUCCGGCGGAUCUGGCUCCUCCAGCGGAGCCGGAGGUCUGCCCGACCUCACCAAGCUGCUGCCUACCGACCUCCCCAUCAAGCGUGACGAGGAGGCCGGUGGCCUACCAUUCCCCAUCCCCAGCGGAAUCUCUGACCUGCUGAACCCAUCUGGAGGAUCCGGCGAGUCUGGCUCGUCCAGCGGAUCCGGAUCCGGAUCCGGACUCGGAGACUUGCUUCCCUCCGGUCUGCCCGACAUCUCCAAGCUACUGCCCACCGAACUCCCUAUCAAGCGUGACGAGGAGGCCGGCCGCCUGCCGUUCCACCUUCUGCCCAGCGGCUUCCCCAACUUCCCGGGUUUCCCCAAGCCCACCGGUCUGCCCGACUUCCCGAAGCCCACUGGCCUCUUCCCCGAGCCCCCUAAGCCUGUUGGUGGUGAGCAACCUGCACCGACCCCGACUAGCGCGGCUGUCCCUACUGGAUCGGCCGUUGCUUUCAAGGCUUAA